AUGGAAGGUCGGAUGGAACCUUGCGUCGGCACCGUCGUGACGUGGUUCGUCUCUGCACGCCGCUGGACAGCCGGUGACGGGAUGAAUCUCCACAUCGACAUUGCCUUGACGCGCCCACCUACGGCGUCGGAGACCGCGGCUUACGGCGAAUUCGAGUCGCUCUCCACUACAACCCGAAGUCGUGGUCCCAUAGUGGAGUUCGGCCGUGCCACAACGGCACAUGGCAGCCCUAUUCAGGGAUGGCACUGCCAGCCCCCACGAGGGGAAUGGCCUAGAAAAGGUGACCUAAACAUUGCUGGGUACCACGCCGUCUCCAGGCUAGCCAGGGCCGCAGACGUCUAAUCAUGGUCGAAACAAUCAAAAUCAAAACAACAACAAUACCAAUAAUAACAACAACAACAACAACAACAACAACAAACAUACUCAUUCUCCUCAUCCUACCUCUUCUUCCUCUUCCUCUGCCUAUCCUGCUGCCUAUUCUUCUCCUUCGUCACCUUCUUCUCAAUCUCCUUCCCGUCGCCCCACUCGCUGUCACCAGACUGGCAGGGUGAGCCCGCUCACUCUGGCAGCCUGGAAUUUUCGUUCCCUUUUAGACAAUCCGAGGAGCAACCGACCGGAACGGAGGACGGCGCUAUUGGCACGAGAACUGGCGCUCUACAAGGUGGACAUCGCCGCACUCAGCGAGACCCGAUUCUCCGAACAAGGCCAACUGGAGGAGGUGGGUGCCUGCUACACCUUCUUCUGGAGUGGUCGACCCAGGGCAGAGCGACGGGACGCGGGUGUCGCCUUCGCCAUUCGGAACGACAUCGUGGGACGACUGCCCUGUUUGCCGCAGGGCAUCAACGAUCGCCUGAUGAGCCUCCGCCUGCCUCUCUGGGGAGGCAAAUUCGUCACCAUCAUCAGCGCCUACGCUCCGACGAUGACCAACCCCGACGCCGUCAGAGACAAAUUCUGCGAGGACCUGCACUCCCUCUUGGCGACUGUGUCGAAGGCGGACAAGUUGAUUGUCCUUGGUGACUUCAACGCCCGCGUCGGCACAGACCAUACCGCCUGGAGAGGAGUGCUGAGUCCCCAUGGUCUCCGCGGCUCAAACGACAAUGGUCUGCUGCUUCUCCGCACCUGCGCAGAACACCGCCUCAUCCUGACGAACACUUUCUUCUGUCUGCCGGAGCGAGAGAAGGCCACCUGGAGGCAUCCUCGAUCGCGCCAGUGGCACCUGCUGGACUAUGUCCUCGUCCGGAGGCGAGAUCAGCGGGACGUGCUGGUGACGAAAGCGAUCGCGGGUGCUGACGGGUGGACUGACCAUCGCCUCGUCAUCUCGAAGAUGCGUAUUCGCCUACAGCCUCGCAGGAGACUACAAGGUGAGCGACCCCGAGGUAAGCUGAAUGUAGCCUUGUUGUCUUUGCCCGCUCACCGUCUUCAUUUCAGCAAUGAGCUAGCUCAACGGCUAGACAACCUUCCUAUCGCUGCCGACGCCGCCGCUGCCGAGAACGCCUUCGUGGAGAACCGCUGGUGUCAACUGCGAGACACGGUCCAGUCGACGGCGCUCGCCGUCCUCGGUCGCGCUCCCCGCCAACACCAGGACUGGUUCGACGACAUCGACGCCGCCAUCAGAAAUCUGCUUGCCGAGAAGAACCGCCUACACAAAGCCUACGUAGAUCACCCCACUGAUGCCACCAAAGCUGCCUUCUACCAUAGUCGCCGCCAACUUCAGCAACGACUGCGCGAGAUGCAGGACGCCUGGACCGCUCGCAAAGCUGAGGAGAUCCAAGGGUACGCUGACCGCAACGAAUGGAAGAACUUCUCUGCGAUCAAAUCCGUCUACUGUCCGGCGACGAAGGGCACUGCUUCUCUCCUCAGCGCCGACGGCAACACUCUCCUGACCGAGAAGACGCAAAUCCUGCAGCGAUGGGCCGAGCAUUUCCGAGGCGUCCUCAACCGCCCCUCCGUCAUCUCCGACGCCGCCAUCGAGCGUUUGCCGCAAGUGGAGACCAACGUGGACCCCGACCUCCCGCCAUCUCUCCAGGAGACCAUCAGGGCCGUGCAGCAGCUCUCCAGCGGGAAAGCACCCGGAUCGGACGCAAACCCUGCUGAGGUCUACAAGCACGGAGGUCCCCAACUAAUGGAUCACCUAACUGCGCUCUUCCAAGAGAUGUGGCGUCAAGGUGAAGUCCCGCAAGAUUUCAAAGACGCAACCAUUGUGCAUCUCUACAAGCGCAAAGGGAAUCGCUAA